GUACAUAUAAAAAAAAUGGCAUUAUAACCAAAACAAUUGUUAUCACCGUUUUCUUUCUUUCUUUCUUUCUUUUUUAACCUUUUUUCUCACUCUUUGUUUUUUAUUUUAUUUUUUUGGUUACAACUCAUCUUCAUCAUGACAAAGAAGGAUCCCUCUUCUCUUCAUAAUCACCCCAUACUAACACCCGAACAACAGCAAGAGCAGGCUCUUUUGCUUGAACCCUUUUAUGAACGAUUGAUUGGUAUGGCCUUUGAUGACAGUUCUUCUGCUGUUGAACGUUGCCGUGAUUUGUGCGCUGAGUUUGGUUUUACAGUGAAACAAGAAGCAAGUACACAUAGAAAUAUUUAUGUCUAUUGUUCUCGGGAAGGUUUACCAGAUUCAUUAAGAAACCCUAAAUCCAACCCACAACGCAAAAGACCUUCUAAACGAUGUGACUGUCGCUGGCGAAUUGUCUUGUUUGAGAAUGAACAGAACAAGUGGGAAUUUAGAAAGUCAUUGAACCCAGAAGCAGGCAAACAUAACCAUGAAUUAAUGCGACCCGAAGAAAUCGAACGUUCAUGGCCAAAGGAAAUCAUUGACACUAUUUACGAACUUGCUCGACUACGCAUGGCAACGCAAGAUAUUCGGAUCCGUAUAAGAGAACAAUUUCCAGAUAUUCAUUGGAAUGAACGACGAUUCUAUAAUCGUCUUUCAGAAGAACGGCAAAAAAUCAAGAUACGAGAUUCUUCUGAAAGAACCCAUCAAUUGAGUGAACUAUGGAGUAAGAUAUGUAUGACCACAGCUGGGAAUGAUGAUCUAUUUCAAUUUGUUCGACAAGAAUUAGCCAUGUUAUUUCAGUCUAUAUGCAGUACAGUCCAGAUUCAGCCUGAUGAACUACCAACGCCUUUUGUGCUUGAAGAUACUGACCCUGUUGACACAACAAAAAAAUCAUUCAAGACUGAUAUAGCUUCACCUAAAGGCUAUGUCCCAGUUGAGAUACCUAAACAGAUCUACUAUAUCAAAAUCCAUAACCAGCGUCAAGUACAAGAAUCUCAGUUGAUGAAGGCACAGCAGAAGCGUAUGCGGCCUGAAGAUAUACAGAGAAUGUCAGAACCACCCAAGAAGCUAGCAAGAAAGGGUAAAGCAAAGCAGCCUUCUCCCCUUGUGUUGCCCAAUGGAUCUUCUAUGCCCACUAUGCACAACACACUAUCACGUAUUCUUCCCCCAGCUUAUCCUAGAACACCUAUACCUUUGACACCUCCACCUAGACAUCAACCUAUACAACAAGCUCCUCCUCCUCCUCCACCACCACCACCACCAUCAAGUUUUGUGUACACUUUUAAUAGUAAUAUAAGAUUAGAUACCGAUGCUUUAACUGGCUAUGUACAUCCUUCUGCUUCUUUUCAUCACCAUCACCAUCAUAAUCAACAACAUAGCUAUACAAUGACUGGUUCAUCCAAUACACCUGGAUUUACUGCCUCGGACAUGUCUUUCACGUUUGAUCCUCAGCAACAUUCUCCUAUUGGUAGAAGCAGUGUAGAAUCAAGCAACAGUAACAAUAAUACAAGUGAACCCACUAUUCACCCAGCACUUCACUCCAAUCCAAUGUCACAAAAUAACAGUAAUAAUAGUAAUGAUAAUAAUAAUAAUAAUCCACAACCAAUGUAUUCUAUGCCUAAUACACCCAUGUAUGAUUCUCCUCAAAAGGAUACGAUAGCAACAAAUAUGAUGUCUUCUCCUCAAACACCUUAUCAGCAAUCUAUGUUUAUAAACCAGCCUUCUUCACCUAAUCACCCUAUACUUCCUAUGUACUCACAAUCCUCAUCCGAGAAUACAUCUAGAUAAAAAAGUCGCUUUCACAUGUAUGGUUUAGAAUGAAUAUGAUUGGUUGUUAGGGUUGCAUGAAUCAGAAAUACUCUAUCAUGUAUUCAGUUAUUUGGAUACAGAAGAUUUGGUGACAUUAGCAAGAAUGAAUACUUGGUAUGGUUAUUGGCUUUCUAUUAUGUUGAGUGAAAGAAUAGAUAAAAAUUCACAUCCAACAUUUCC